AUUUAAAAAUCAUGGCCCAAAAGUAGUAAUAGCUCAAUCAAUCAAUCAUCAGUUUAUCACCAUCGAAGCAGGCGCGUGGGUAAGUAAGCGGGAAAGGUUCUCGUUCAGGUGAAAUGAUCGACGUCCAAAUGGCAAGCCACGAAUAAAGCUCACGCGCAGCUCAGAAUCACAUCACGACUUUUUUUUUUCACCACUCGCUCUCUCUCCUCUUUUUUUUUUUUAAUCACCGAGGAAGACCGGUAAUGUCUUCGUCAACUUCUGCCGCCGUCCCACGCGCCGGUAACGACGACGAAAUCCGCGCCGCCUCAAUUAUGGAACGAGAAAUUAACAGUUCCGAUAUGGAAAUAGAUGAUGAUGAGGAAAACGAAGAGGAUUUGCAAAGCUCUUCGAAUCGAAAUGAUGCUGGUAAUGUUGUGGAGUCCAGGGGACAUGAUGGACAACUCGGGUCAGAUUUGUCAAGUACUCCUGGAAAUUGCGAACCAAGAAUACCGGCUAAAACCCUUAAUGUAGGAGAGGGUAGUGCUAAUUUUGAAUUUUCUCUAUGCACAAACUAUGUGGGUUCCAAGUAUUCAGUAUCUGGAAAAGAGCCUGCAAAGGAAAAUGGCAUUCAAGAAUAUAUUGGCAAUGGAAAAGAUUCUCGUAACAUGUUAGAAAGAAAAGCCUCUCAAGACUACCCCGACCAGCAUACUAAUGGCAAGGGCCAUUUUGUUGUCGAUGAGAGUAAUUCACUCCCAGUUGGGUAUCACUCAGGAGGAGUUAAUAAUGAUCUAGGUUUUGAGGAAAAAAAUAAGCAAAUGGAUGUGCAAACAGAUGAUGAUAAGAGGAAGAUAAAAUCAAGAUCUGCUGCUCCUCAGACAAGUGCCGGAAGUCUAUCACCUAGCAGUAAUAGCGAGAACAAACGCCCUGCACUUAUAUGUGACUUUUUUGCUAGAGGUUGGUGUAUCAAAGGAAGUUCAUGUAGAUUUCUUCACAUAAAAGAUGGUGGGAAAAAUCCUGGACAACUGCCUGAAGAAGAUACAGCUGCAGCAGAUGGGAAAAGAGCUGUUGAGCUUGAUGAAGGUUUUAGAAGUGCUGCUGAGAGAUCAAGAUCACCUGCUUCUGCUGAUGCACUGCCUUCGUCAGUUGUAAAUAAGACCGGAUUGUCUUCUCUUUUCUUUUCAGAAAGAAUCCUGCCAUUGGGGCAUGAUGAAAACCAAAGAUUACACUUAUUUCAUGAAAUGAAUAAGUUCCCUUUACUCCAAAGUAAAGAUAAAUCUUUGGGCACUGCCCCUGCCUCUCAGUGGUUUUCUGCAUCUACAGAUGAUUUCGGACCAUCUAAGGAUGUAAGGCAAAAUGGUAUAGGUCAGAACUUGCCUGUUUCACUGAGUGAUAGAUCUACCUUCGGGAAUGGUUUUCUUCCUGAAUAUAAAUCAUCAUUGAGUGGCUCAGUUACAUCAUUGGGCGAUAUAUAUAGUGAGAACCAAUCUCAUCAUGUCUCAACACACCUAGUAUCAUUGCCUUUAAAUUUUUCUUUGAGUGCAUGCUCUCUUGGAGCUCAAAAGAUGUUGGACAGUGACCGCGGGCGUCAUCCUUCCAAGUUGUCUUCUUUGCUGCAAGGCCCUUUUCCCUUCUCUAGUUCUAAACCAGAAAAAUUUCUCGUAAAUGAUAUUGCCAGUGAUCCAUUGCACUUUCCAGAAAAUAGAAUAAAAAUAUCUUCAGAUGAUUGGGAGCCAUCAGUACCCUUUCGGCCAUCCUUUUUUGUCACCUCUGGUAUAUCAUCCCCACGAAGCGAAUAUGAUCCUCUUCGUGACAGCAUUGAUGUGUCCAAUGCGGGAGAGAGGCCACUUAAAUUUUCUUUCUCUAAUCAGGGUCCAUCCCUCUUGAAUGUAGCAGAUCCACCAACAUAUGGCAACUCUGCAUCAAGAAGGCCACUGCUCCCUGAAUGUAAUGAUGAUAAAAGAACUGCAUCUUGUCAUAAUGGAGACCAUGAAAACUUGGUCAACAAUAAUUGCAACCCUUCUGGAAAAGAUUCACUAACAACUGAUGCAAAUGAUGGAACUUCUGCUGUUGACAUGCAAAAUGGAACACUAGUGAAAGAAGAGAUUUCCUCAGUUGCUUCUCAUGUCAAAGACAUUUCAAAGGCAAACAAAAAUGAUAGAGAUCAUGAUGGCAGACAUCGAAGAGGCAGGUCUAGAUGCAAAAAAGACUUAGAAGUAGAUAGGGCUAGAGAAAAGAAUGAAAUAGAUGUUGAGGUUGAGCAUAAGGCAGAUGGGGAUUAUAAAGAAUCAAAAGCAAUGAGGCAUUUCCAUGCUGCUCUUGUAGAUUUAAUUAAGGAACUGUUGAAACCAACUUGGCGUGAGGGUCAUCUCAGUAAAGAUGCUCAUAAUACAAUAGUCAAAAAAGCAGUUGACAAAGUUUUUGGCAGCAUACAACCUCAUCAGCUUCCAGUUACCUUCGAGUCAGUUAAGCAAUAUCUUUCUUCAUCCCAACCAAAAAUAACAAGACUUGUUGAGGGAUAUAUCGAAAAAUACAAAAAAUCUUGAGAUGCUAGGCGGGGUGCUACUGUAUUUAUUGCAUAUUUUAUUAACGGAAGUCUUGAACUAUUUAAACUGAGUAUCAUGGAAGUGUAUGGAUAUUUAUCAUGAAAUGCUUUCGUUCUUUUUUUCCCUUUAUUAGUUGUAUGUAGAAAGAAUUUCUACAAUACAUGUCUUACUAGUAGUUGCUAAGUCUAGGAGAGCAUGUUAUUCUUCUUAGCUUGCAUGUUGGGAAGUCUCCAAAGGAGUUUCAGCUAAACUUUCUUUAGGACAAUGGAAUAGUUAGUUGCAAGAUUACUUGUAUGCUAGGUAACAUUUUUUAUGGAUAUAAGAUAUGAAUUGUAAAAAAGUUAAAUUUUAUUUCAUAACUCCUUGCAGUUUUUUGAGAAACUUUUCGGUGAGUUGCAAUGUGAAACUUAAGCUUUGUGGUUAUGGUGAUAUGAAUAUUGAUAUUUAUGGUCUCUGUACCUCAAGAUAAUGGAUCGGACUUGUAUAAGAA